AUGGAAGGCUCUGAACAUCCGCUUAGUAAAAAAUCCCUACACCAUGACACUGAAGACGACGAUCAGUCAUUUGAAAGAUCCAGAUCACUCUCGCUUCAGUCCAGAAGAUCAUGGCCCCUUUUGCCUAGAUUACAAGUCAUCAGUUCAGAAGGCAGCAACUCAAAUCAAUUACACAAUGGCAAUACAAUUCGUAGCCCGAUUAUUGAUAGCUUUGAGCAAAAGAGCAUGGCAUCCAGCGACUCCAUUUCCUCUGAAUCCAGCAUCUGCUCUGAUUAUGAUGUGAAUAAAGAAAAAGACUCGGUCUUUGGGAUCAGCCAUGACGAACCCCAAAUCGAUGACAGAAGACGCAGCACCGUUAAAUCGAGUAAAGCGAGAAACGAUUCGGCCGGCACUUUGGUUGAGGCGGCUUUAGAUCAAGAUGAAGCCAGAGACAGACAUGUACAAUUCUCUGCUCACAUUGCCGAAGCUGGAUCUUUGGUUCAACGUAUGAUCAGCACACGAUACCCCUCUGCCUCUGGAAGCACUGCAGCAACGACAACAACAUCACAUUCAAUGGACCAUCAUACCAUUCACGAAGCCCCGGAAUCUCAUCAUACCGGUGAUUUAGAAAUGCAAUCCAUACAUUCCCCUGCUCCUACUUCCAGCUACAACAAUGCGACUACGACAGGAGGCGGCAGUGUGCUGGCCAGUUUAAUGAAACUGGAGGCUCAAACGAGACGUCCUACUGUCAAGAGACGCAAGACCAUCAGGAGGAAAAAAGAUAAGGCACCAAAAUUGCGGAAGCCGGCAUCCAUGUACAACCUUACAGGCCAGACUAAUAGUCUCGAUGCUCUCACACCAGCAUUCGCUAAAUCCAACACACUGACGACCCUUAAUGCAGCAGGACCAAAGCGACCCAAUUUAGCGCAUAGACCUACCAGCUGGCUGUCCACUAUCACUACCAGCAACCAUCUUGUGCCCAGUCUGCAGAAGCGAAAGAUGGCUAGUUCUGUCAACAUGUCUCGUCGAUCCUCCAUUGAUAGUAUGUUCACAACUGCGUCUCAAUUCGAACCUAUCACAUUAGAAGAUCGUAUUCGUAUUACAUUUGAGAUUGCAAACAUCUUGCAAAAGCAAGAGUUCUUACGCAAACUAGUCAAAUGUCUGAUGCUGUACGGCGCACCAGCACAUCGACUUGAAUACAUCCUUCGCACCGUAUCCCGCACCCUCGGCGUAGAUGCUGAAUACGUCUAUAUUCCCAAUGUCAUGUUUCUGACCUUUUUCGAUCAGUCAACUCACACCACUGAAACGCACUUUAUUAGAAGCCCUCAGCUAUUCGAUAUGCACAAAUUGGGCGAGAUCUACCGGUUGGAAAAGUUGAUUUCUCACGGUGAAGUUUCGGUUGAUGAGGCGCUCGAGUUUAUAGACAAGGUCACCAAUGAGCCACAGUUUUUCCCUGUUUGGCUGAAUCCCUUUGUGUAUGCUACAGCUAGUUUUUGCGGCUGUGUCAUGUUCUACGGUGGUCGAUUCAAGGAAGGCGGGCUAUCGGCUGCCAUGGCUAUCUUUUUCGCUUUCUACGAGCUGUUUUCGGGUCGUUUUAUGAGUUUCCAGCCAAUUUGGGAAAUUACAGUUUGUAUUCUUAUCGGUUUUGUGUCGAGAGCUGUCUGGCAAUACGAUUUUUGCUUUACGCCAGUAGCAUUUGCUUCGUUUAUUGUGAUUUUGCCUGGCUAUUCAAUGGCUGUGGCUCUUGUGGAGUUGGUGUCAAGGCAGCUUGUGUGUGGUGUUAUUCGGCUUGUGUAUGCCAUCAUGUACUCCUUCUUGCUAGGCUAUGGUAUUGAGAUGGGAUCAGAGAUUUAUGGUGCUAUUCAACCUGAAUCAGUGUCGGCUCGAGGACAAUCUGAAGCUUGUCAAAAGGCCAGCGGUGCGUCUACCUGCGUUACCAUCAUCCCUCAAGCAUUCUAUUUCCUUACCGUGCCUCUCUUUGCUGUCGCUUAUUGCGUCUACCUUCGCGCAAGAAUUCCACGAUGGCCCGUCAUGGUGAUUGUCGCUGCCUGCGGUUUUGUCACCAACUAUGCACUAUCGUGCAAGGCCAAUGCACCCUCGCAGGUGUUGCAAGUGGUUCCUGCCUUCGUGGUGGGCCUCUUGGGAAAUUUACUGAGUAAAUUCACUGGCAAAAUGUCGCUGGAUGCUGUGAUUCUUGGCAUCUUUUAUCUAGUGCCCGGUAGUUUAGGCCUGAAAGCAGCCCUGGGUUUCUUUGGUCAACCGGCUACGGACGAAUUCGCAACUCAAGGCGGUGCAGGAUUUGCACUGAGUAUGAUCGAAACAUCCAUCGGCAUUACAGUUGGAUUGUUUAUAGCUACGUUAAUUGUAUAUCCAAAGGGUACCCAGCAUACGCCCUUAAUGAACUUUUAA